UCACUUCACACAAACCCACUCUCACUUACUUCAUUCUCUGUCCUGGCCACCUUCUGUUAUCUUUUUCUCGACUCCGCGGCGUAGAUCCGAGGAGUUCGGGAAACCCUAACUCUACUCUCUUCACAACACACAAAGUUCCUUUUCUCUCUCCAUCAUCUCCACACUAAGUCAUGGCUGGACUUGCGCCUGAGGGGUCACAGUUCGAUGCGAACAAAUAUGACUCCAAAAUGAAUGACUUGCUAUCUUCUGAUGGACAGGAUUUCUUCACAUCCUAUGAUGAGGUUUAUGAGAGUUUUGAUGCUAUGGGACUGCAGGAGAAUCUUCUGAGAGGCAUUUACGCAUAUGGUUUCGAAAAGCCAUCAGCCAUUCAGCAAAGGGGUAUAGUUCCCUUCUGCAAGGGACUUGAUGUUAUUCAACAGGCUCAGUCUGGAACUGGGAAGACAGCCACUUUCUGCUCCGGUAUUCUGGAGCAACUUGACUAUAGCUUGACGCAAUGCCAGGCCUUGGUUUUAGCACCAACUCGUGAGCUUGCUCAGCAGAUUGAAAAGGUUAUGCGGGCACUUGGAGAUUAUCUUGGUGUUAAGGUUCAUGCCUGUGUGGGAGGUACCAGUGUCCGUGAAGACCAACGCAUUUUAUCUAGCGGUGUUCAUGUCGUGGUUGGUACCCCUGGCCGUGUGUUUGAUAUGCUUCGUAGGCAAUCACUCCAACCAGAUCACAUCAAGAUGUUUGUAUUGGAUGAGGCUGAUGAGAUGCUUUCCCGAGGUUUUAAGGAUCAGAUAUAUGAUAUAUUCCAGCUGCUGCCGUCUAAGAUUCAAGUGGGAGUUUUCUCAGCCACAAUGCCUCCUGAGGCCCUUGAGAUUACGAGGAAGUUCAUGAACAAACCUGUGAGGAUCCUUGUAAAGCGUGAUGAGCUCACCUUGGAGGGUAUAAAGCAGUUUUAUGUCAAUGUUGAGAAAGAGGAAUGGAAGCUGGACACCCUCUGUGAUCUUUAUGAGACGUUAGCAAUCACCCAGAGUGUCAUUUUUGUGAACACCAGAAGGAAAGUUGAUUGGUUGACUGACAAAAUGAGAAGCCGUGACCACACUGUUUCAGCAACCCAUGGAGACAUGGACCAGAAUACCAGGGACAUUAUUAUGCGUGAAUUCCGAUCUGGUUCUUCCCGUGUCUUGAUUACUACUGAUCUUUUGGCCCGUGGUAUCGAUGUCCAACAAGUGUCUCUAGUUAUAAAUUACGACCUCCCUACACAGCCUGAGAACUAUCUGCAUCGUAUUGGUCGUAGUGGAAGGUUUGGCAGGAAGGGUGUGGCUAUCAACUUUGUCACAAAGGAUGACGAUAAAAUGCUGUUUGACAUCCAGAAGUUUUAUAACGUGAUUGUUGAGGAGCUGCCUUCAAAUGUUGCUGAGCUCCUUUAAUCAGAUUUUGUCCUCCAUGGUAUUUAGAUGAAAUUAGUUUGCGUUUGGAAAAUGUUAUGUAAUGUUUCUCUACCCCCUCCCCUCCCAACUCCUUUCGUGGCACUUUUUCUCUGAAACUCUGUUUAAUAGGCUUAGUUUUUAAUUUAUGACUUGCUUUGUGGAAACCCAUUAUUGGCCCAAUUGGUGUAUUGGAUGUCUUUGCACAUUUUUCUAGGCAACUUUUCUGUGUUUUAGUUUUUACUAAAUUUUAGAAUUGCAUGAUGUUAUUUUCUUUUCA